AUGUCCAACUUUCUCGCCUCUUACAUCUUCUCCGACUCGACGUACGACAAGCCCUUUUUCGUCGUAUACCUCAACACAUCCGUCUUUGCCGUCAACCUGGUCCCGAUGCUGGUCCGCUUCCUCCGUCGACACGGGCUGUCCGGUCUCCGCCACGAAGUGUCCAAAGCCUGGCAUGAACGAGAAUACGGCAGAACAGCCCUCCUGUCUCCGACCGCCGAAGACGCCGAGCGUCUCCUCGUCGAUGAUGAGGCCAGCGCCGGGGGAUACACCAGCGGAGCCAUCCCGAAGCAACCGCCCUCGACCGAGCGCCUGAAUCCGCGCGAGACGGCCUUUCUCAGUUUCGAGUUCUGCAUGCUCUGGUUCAUAGCAAACUAUUUCGCCUCGGCGUGCCUGCAGUACACGAGCGUAGCGAGCGUUACGAUCCUCACGUCGACGAGCAGCGUCUGGACGCUGCUCUUCUGCGCCGCGCUGCGCCUCGAGACCUUUUCCAUGCGCAAGCUCUUCGGCGUGCUGGCGUCGCUCGCGGGCGUUGUGCUCAUCUCGACCAUGGACCUGUCCGGGUCGAGCGAUGAGAGCAGGGGGUCGUUCCCGCACAAGACGACGGGCCAGAUUGCGCUGGGAGACGGCAUGGCGUUUCUGAGCGCCAUCAUCUACGGAGUCUACGUCACCAUUAUGAAGUGGAGGGUGGGCAACGAGGAGAGGGUGGACAUGCAGCUGUUCUUUGGUCUCGUGGGUCUCUUCAACCUCAUCAUGCUGUGGCCGGUCUUCUUCAUCCUGCACUGGACAGGCAUUGAGACAUUCGAGAUGCCGCCGACAGCUGAAGUCUGGGUCAUCAUCCUGGUGAAUGCCUUCUCUUCCUUUAUCAGCGACAUAUCAUGGGCGUACGCAAUGCUCCUGACGACGCCGGUGCUGGUCACAGUCGGUUUAUCACUGACAAUUCCCCUGUCGUUGGUCGGAGAAAUGAUUCAGUAUUCGCAACACUCUGGCUGGGUGUACUGGGUCGGAGCGGCGGUUGUAUUUAUUUCUUUCGUGUUUGUCAACCACGAGAGCAAGGAAGAAGAGUCCACGACGGAAGAAGACCAAGUUACGGCUUUUUAG